AUGUCUGACAAGUGCUGCUACCGCGAACGUUCAGUGCUUGAUAAAACAACUAUCAACAGUGAAUUUGCCCCCUUAAAGAUACUUCAGAUCUGUGAACUUCAGAAUCAGAUGGCUACAGCCGGGCUAGAGAAGAAAGUAAAGGAUGAUUUCCUGACGUGCUCCAUCUGCUUGGAGAUGUACACAGACCCGUGUACACUGAGGUGUGAUCACACAUUCUGCAGGAAAUGUGUCACCUCUUACAUCCAGACCAGACCAGAUGCUGUACAGUCCAAGACCAUCCCCUGUCCCUGCUGUCGACAAAAUACCAAGGUCCCCAACCCCAGGAGGCCGAUAGAGGAGUGGGCGGGGCAGAUCAAAGCCAGCAUUUUGAUACAGGGGCUGAUUGACACCUAUAGGUCUGCGGAAGAUGUGCAAGAGACCUCGAGCACCUGUUGUACGAUCUGUCAGCAACUAGGGGAGACAACUCCAGGGGCCUUGCGGUGUCCUGAGUGUGUAGUGGCCCUCUGUAUCAAAUGUGUGAAGAUACACCGGGUGACACCCAAUUCACUAAACCAUGACCUGUGUGAUCUGUCGUCUAGGUCAAAGGUCAAACGGAGGAUCAAGUGUACGAAACACAGGAUUAACCGUGUUGAGUUCCACUGUCAAAACUGUGGGAAGGCUGCCUGUCAGACAUGUUGUAUCAUCUACCACAGAGCUUGUAAGGCUGUCGUCACCAUUGAGUCUAUGAAGCCAGGGAUGAAGGCAGCACUGAUGGGGAAGAGACUUGGCAUGGAGAAAAGACUGAAAGUGAGGUCGAAGAAAGUAGACAUACGAAACGAGAAGCUCCAAAGUAGUUCUAGAAUCACAGAGUCAGCUGUUCAAAAUAUCAGGUUGAUCUGCCAGGCAGCCAUUAACAAGAUUAAACAGAAAGAAACACAAUCCUUGGAUGAACUGAAUAACAUAUCACAGACAUACGCCGACCAAAUCCGAGCUGAUGUGAAUCUGGAAGAGAUCGAGAUGCAGAUGUACAGACAACAUUGUGAGUUCAUUGACCAGGCCUUGGUAUCGGACUGUGAGAUGGACCUGUAUGAAGCGUAUCAGGCCUGGGAGUCUGGAGCUGUAGAGAUGGAGGAUGUCAGAUGUACAGAGGCAGCAGACAUCCGGAGAAUAGAUGACGUCAUCUUUACACCAGACACUGACAACGUAAUGAAGGUCCUGGAUAACCUGCAGUUGGGGGAAGAUUGA